AGGAAGCCACACCUCCUCAGGUCAGAGCUCUCUGCAGAACAGAGGUUGCUCCAACUUGGCCGAGCAAGAGAGCUGCAAUGGGCUGCCUUCCUUUCUUCUCAGUAGAAACAUGGAUUCUACUGAUCACAUUUAUCUGCAUUUUUGUCAUAUAUGGAAACUGGACUCAUGGAAUAUUUGAGAAUUUGGGGAUCCCCGGUCCCAAGCCGUACACCUACUGGGGCACAAUUGGCAGGCACAACAAAGUCUACUACAAGGAUGACCAACAAUGUGCUGAGAAGUAUGGGAAAGUAUGGGGAAUGUAUGAGUUCAGGAGUCCCAUGCUGGCUGUGAUGGACCCUGAUAUGCUGAAAACCAUCCUGGUGAAGCAGUGCUUCACUUACUUUACCAACCGGAGGAAUAUACGUCUGAAUGGAGAUCUGUAUGACUCAGUGUCUACUGUUGAGGAUGAUCACUGGAGACGGAUUCGUAACGUCCUCACACCCUCCUUCACCUCUGGCCAUAUAAAGGAGAUGUUCAAGAUCAUGAAACAUCUUUCCAGCAAACUCACAGCCAGCCUGCAGUCCAAGGCGCAAAAUAAUGAAGUUGUUACUAUAAAAGACUACUUUGGAGCUUACAGUGUGGAUGUGAUGGCGAGCUGUGCAUUCAGUGUGGAUAUGGACUCAAUCAACAACCACUCAAGUCCCAUCAUCUUCCACGCCUCGAGGUUUUUCAAAUUCCCCCAAUUUGUUUUAAUUCUCCAAGGGAUUUUUCCUGUACUUAUUCCGCUCUUUGAGCUGCUGGGUAUCUCGUUUUUCUCCCCGACCUCUACCGCUUUCUUCAAAACGAUUCUGGCGAAGAUCAAAGCCGAACGCGAAGGGAGCACCCACAAGAAUUCGGGAGAUUUUCUUCAAAGCAUGAUCAACUCUCGGACGGCUAAUGACCCCAGCAAAGGCGAGAAGAAUAAGGGUCUUACUGACCACGAGAUCUUAACCCAAGCCACAAUGUUCAUGGUCGCUGGUUACGAGACGAGUGCCACCACUCUCGCCUUCUUAGCCUAUAAUUUGGCAAGAAAUCCCGAAGUAAUGAAACGCCUGCAAGAAGAGAUAGACUCCACUUUCCCUAAUAAGGGAGCAGUCCGAUAUGAAGAGCUGCUGCAGAUGGAGUACCUAGACAGUGUUGUGAAUGAGAGCAUGAGGCUCUACCCUCCAGCUGGACGUCUGGACAGAGUUGCCAAAAAAACGGUGGAGAUCCGUGGAAUCACAAUCCCAAAGGACAUGAUUGUAAUGAUUCCGGUCUACGCUCUUCACCGCGACCCCGACCUUUGGCCGGAGCCGGAGGAGUUCAAACCGGACAGGUUCAGUAAGCAGAACAAGCGGAGCAUCAACCCGUACACUUACUUGCCGUUCGGCACGGGCCCAAGGAACUGUUUGGGGAUGCGAUUCGCUCUGGUGUUGGUUAAACUCGCCUUGGUGGAAGUUCUGCAGAACUACAGCUUCUCGGUCUGCGGAGAGACAGAGAUCCCCUUGACGAUGGAUCCUGGAGGCCUUGUUGGACCCCUAAAUCCAAUCAAACUAAAGGUGACGACACGUUAAAUCACCUCAGGAGUCCAACUAGGACGUCCCCGCAGAGAGACCUCUCUCAACGUUCAACUGUCUUCUUCAUUUCAGUAACUGUCAAUACAUGUUAAAGUUUACUGCUACACGUUUUUAAUCUUGUAGUUUGUAAGAAGUUUGGAAACUGACCUGAAUAAAAACACAUGACCGGCAAGCGUGUUCUUUUAUAAA